AGAAAAAUCAAUAUUUUCAUUGAAAAUUUCAUAGCACAUCUAUAUUCCAGUAAUUUUUAAGUUUUGCUGAAAAGUUCUAACUGAAUAUUAAUAAAAAUAAAAAUGUCGGAUAAGUUUGGAAAAGGAAAAUCUAGCCAAGAUGAUGACUUAUCAAAUGAGUCAGUGGAAGUUUUGCGAGAAAGAUUGAAUGCUAUGAAAAGGCUGGUUGCAGAAAGGCAACAACAAUCUAACAGUACACCAGACACGACAGAGUUCUGGAAAAGUACAAAGCAAACUUCAGGUAUUAUUGAUGGAAACUUCUUAUCUAUCGCAUUCGGUGGUGCCCUAUUGACAAUAAUAUGCGUGUCCAUUUACGCAUUUUAUAAUCUCUAUCAUGCAGUUCUGAAGAAAUUUCCUUCGAAACACACUGAACUAUAAUUUUUAUCUCUUCUACUUGACACAUUUUCUUUCUGUAUAUUUUGACGAUAUCUAGGUAACUGAAAUAAAAUAGAAAUAAACUUCUUUUAUUA